CCCAACGGAUGCCGAUGAAAUUUGCAACGGGCUUGUUGACGUAUUAUGCAAACGUCGCUACAGCAAAACGUGCUUUUAUUGUAUGUCACAGAUAUUUAUUUGUGUUACCGUUUACGAAAAAUUCAUAACAUAAUCAUGGAAACAAACAAAUCGAGUUUGGAGAAGUUGGCUGAGCGUAAAGCACGCUUGCACAACCUGCACAAACGACGCCAAGAGGCUCGCACCCAAAAUCACCAGGAAGUCAUUGCAGAAGAUGCACGCAAAAAAUUGCCCAGUAACUGGGAAGCCCGAAAACGACAGGCAGAAUGGUUAUUGGCGGAUGACAAAGCUCGAGCUGAAGCUCAAUCUGCUGGAAAAGACUACGAGCGAUCAAAACUCCUAGACGUUUCAGCGGUUGACGCUGAGCGUCUAGAAAAGAAGAAGAAGCGAAAAGACAAUCCAGAUUUGGGAUUCUCCACUUACGAAGCACAAACUGCCAGGCAAUACAAUCGCUUAGUAAAGAAUAUGACGGCGCGCGAUAUGUCAAAGUAUGAGAAACAGAGAGCUGAGCUCGGCGAUAGUUUCUAUGGUGGUCCAAACGCAACUCUUCAUAUGUUAACAAAGGAUACGCCGAGUGCUGUUAAUAAUAUGGUAAAGGAUUUGGAACAGCAAAUUGAACGUAGAAAAAAAUAUUCCAGACGACGAAUCUAUAAUGACGACGCUGAUGUAGACUUCAUAAAUGAACGUAACUCCAAAUUCAACAAAAAACUUGAUCGGUUCUACGGAGAACAUACAGCAGAAAUAAAACAAAACUUAGAGCGCGGAACAGCUAUUUAAGCACAAUUUUUAAUUAAUUCUAUAGUAAAAUAAAAUAAAGACUCUACUUUGAACAUUUCUUCCAUAAAGAGUGGAACAGCCGAAAACCAUAAACUCCAUAAAC